AUGGCGUCUGAAGGAGCUUGGGCCAAGAGGACAAAUCUGGUCCCAUUCAGGGUCCACUGGAGCCACAUGGACUCUGCUGAGUUCAUCACAGCUCAUGACCAGGAGGCUCACGAGCCUCUGAGGAGGAACACCAGCAGUGAUGAUGACUUGGCCCUGGGUGUAGAAGCGUCUUUAUAUGGUAGCCAGAGAGUGAGGACGGUCCAGGAGUUUCUGCGGUGGAGCAGGUCAAGUCCAGCUCUCAGCAGGUGGAGCAGCUUCAGCUCAGCAACUUCAGGCCACUCUAGACCACACAGUGUGAUGGACAUACUCAACCUGUGGAAUGAUGACCCGGAGGAGGUUCUCUUGGACCUGGGCUUUGGCUGUGACGAACCAGACCUCUCUGGACGCAUACCGGCUCGAUUCAUCAAUCAUCAGUCUCAGGCGAGAGGAAUAAACCUCCAAGUGUUUCUAGAAGCUCAGAAGAACCGGCUGGACCUGGAGAACCCAGAUGUCAGCAAUCGUUUUAGACAGCUCGAGGUUAUCCAGCAAGUAACAACAGCAUUCUCCUCCUUGAUGAGGUCGUCGUCGUCCUCACCUCUCAGAGCACCGCUGGGGAAAACCCUGUCUCCUGAGGCUCGGGAGAGGAGGAAGCGCAUGGGCAUCAUGUUCAGAAGAGCAUCAAAGAAGUCACUCAGCCAAAUCCACAAUCGUAAAACCCAGGACCUAACCAAACCUGAUGCCAAAUCUUCUCCGUGUGUUUCAGCUGAGUCUCUGCAACCUCCAGUCAGCCUUGGAGACAAAAACAUCUUCUCAAAGAGACUCGAACCUGGUCUUCUGGAGACUGUGUGUCUGAGUCCUCUGACAGAAGAGAAAAGCGCUGGUCCAGACACUCAGCCCCAGCCUAACGUGGCCCCUUUGAAAGCCCAGGAGGGAGCACUCAGACACCUGCCCCUGACAGCCAACACUUUUCUACUGAGGAAGAAGAGUCCACGGCAGCUCAGGGAAUCAUUUGAAAUUGAAGAGGCAACGCAGGGUUUUAUACGGAGCAACAGCUGCCAGUCAGACAGCAGUGGUUUUUUAGAGGAGCCCUUCAUCCCCCCUCUUUCUCAGCAGGCCUCACCAGGAGCUGAUCUCAUCAAGGUCUCCUCGCUUACUAAUGCACACUCACAAGCCCCGCUCUGUCAGGCCUGGCAGGAGGGAGCACUGACAGCCAGAGCAGUGAGAGGCCAGCCUCCCCUCUCCUACGUCCCCCUGUACCCCUCCAUCUCCCCUGCCCUCCUCAUCUCUGACCUCUUCUGCUGUUAA